CGUGCUGCAGUCCAUGGGGACUCGCAAAGAGUCGGACACGACUGAGCGACUGAACUGACCUGAGCCAGCACGUUCAAGCCUCCUUCGAAUCACGGGGAGGGCUGUGGACACGAAUGAUGGCCUCUAGAAAGAGAAAACCGUGGCUGCAGGCGCAGCUUCGGGAACGAGUGGGGCAGCCUAGUCGAAACAGGUUUAGGAACUUGGGUGAUAUGCGCAUGCUCAGACUCUGGACGCGUCACGAUUGGUGGAUUCGGGUUUCCCGGGAGACGCUAAGGGAGUGCUGAGAAGGUAGAUUGCCUUUGGGCGGCCGUGUGCGCAUGCCCACGCUCUGGGGGCGGGGCUUGUUGAGAAGGUCGGGUUCGGGCUUUCUGGGGAGCAAGGUGCGCAUGCCCAGACUGUGAAACGACUCCCCGCGGCGGUUGAGUCUGCGUAUUGGAGGCAACGCCGGAGCGAGAUGCUGGUGUUAAUGCUGGUGGUGGCGACCACCUUUCGGUUCUGCCCGCUGGUCAAAGCACAGCCGCUGUGCCGUAUUCGCACGUUGAGGACAGGAAAGGUGUUUCCUGUCGAAGAGAAAACACAAGGGGACCGCCUGUAUUUUUCAUCUGGGAAAACUCACUUGAUUAAGCAUCCUUGUAAGAAAACCCUAGCCCUGUAUCUAGGAAGACAAAUUUUUCUCACAAAGGACAACUUUGAGAGUAGUCUUAUUCCGUUUUCCAUCCCUACGUCAAUGCAGGUUGGCACACCAGAAGUGACGUCAGCACAUUUUGCUGGUUCAGUAUUGCUGUUAGUAGUGAAUCAGAAAGUCUAUGUUUAUGAUUAUGAAGCCAACUUCUGGACUGCAUCUACAGGCAUACAACACCCUGUUUCACAUGUAUCUGGUGACAACUGUUGUUACGGUGGAAAUUCAUUCUGCAUGGAUAUAAGUAACUCGGUUUUUGCUUAUUUGCAUGGAAAUCGGAUAUCUCAGGCCAACAUCUAUUUCUCAAACUCCCGAGGAUACAGAUUUCAGAAGUACACCCAGGAAAGACGUGCAGAGCUAGUUGGGACCUUCGGGGGGAUCUUCUCCUUUCACUCUCUGUCACAGGUUGGGCUGCUUCUUGUUGACGAACAGAUGGCCAUGUUCAGCUAUUCUGACCAUCCCUUGAACCGCAGCUUUGGGCUGCCCUUUGAGUAUGACAGGACCCUUGACAUCCUCAUCGCCCCGGGCCAGAGAGGCAUCCUUAUCUUUUGGUCUGAGAAGAACCUGCUAGUUUCCCGAAACUCAGGUCAGCUGGUCGAAUCUGUCCGGGUGCGAGAAGGACAACGCAUCUUGUAUAAUUCCAUUGUCAAAGCCAACAUCACCAUCCACAGCGUUGCUGCCAAUGAAAAUGAACUGGCAGUUUUAACUCGAGAGAGUAAUUUAUAUUAUGGCAGCCUGGGAAUCCAGUCGAGUUCUCUAAUCAAAUUUGCAGACCAAAACAUCUGGUCCCAAGAUGCGGUCCUGAUGUUCACUGACGUGGGGAUGCUGGAAAUACUGACCCCGCUUCCUGACAUGCUCUUUCCAGCUUUCGAUUUCCAGAAGUGCCUCCUGAAUAUCCAAGCCCUUCUCGUGGAUCCCCAACUCCAGGCUGGCAUCUGCAAAGUGGAACUUCUGCAGGGAGAAUUUGAAAACAAAAUGUACACCAUUGACAUGAACAGCCAGUUGGAGUUGACGGCCCUAAUGAUACCCCGGCCAGGCACGUUACCUGUCCCACUAGUAAUAGUGAGCAACCCCCACUCCCUGGGGCUGCAGGCGGUCAUCUAUGAGGACGGCUACACCUACGACAGCAACACCAAGCACAGACUGAACAUUUCCCUGAAGCAACAGCACCACUGGGGCAGGGCCAACCCCAACUUCACCUCCAGCAUAAAGAGACCCACAAUAUCUACCAUCACGCUGGACAUCGCCAACAAAGAAAUUUCAUGUGUGGACCUUAAGCCACUGACGGCGCUCAUUUCAGUUGGGUGUGACCUGGAGAAGAAGAUCGUCAUUCAGAAUGAACUUUCAGCAUGUUACCACGGAGUCCUCGACCCUGUGGCCCUUCAGGACAACUAUAGCUACGUCAUUGAGAGGGAAGCCUACGACCCCAACUUCCAGGGGCAGCAGGCCAAGGAAGACCUGAAGGUGUAUUACCCCUAUGAGAAGCUGGGCUGCCCCCUCCUCGCCUACUAUGACAUCCCGUGGAAACCAGUGGUGGAGCUGUGGCGCGAAGGCAAGUUCCAGGAGGUGGUGGAGGCCGAGUAUGUCCUGCUGGAGAUGAACGGGCUGUUCACCUACACGUACUCUCUGACAGCCGGCAUGGCAGGCUGCAGUGCCCAGCCGCAGAACUGGACCACCAUCACCGAGAUGGCCGGCGACACAGCGCCCUUCUCCUGGGACCGCGAGAAUUAUGUGAGCUGCCACGACCCUGACUACCACGAACCCUUGAGAUGGCCUGACGUCCCGUAUCAGAUCUUGGGAGGCCCAACAGAGAACAAGAUUGUUUUCGACCAAAGAAACGGCAUCUACAUCUUCUUCAUUUCUAUCGUGGAUCCAUCCUACAGCUGAGGGCCUGGGUUCAAUCCCUGGUUGGAGAAUUAAGGUCCCACAGGCUGAGCAGAGCUGCCAAAACAAAAAAGCUUGCUGGAGUGAAGGGCAGGGCCCCUGAAGGCAGUGCCGCACAGACUCGGCCUGCCCACGCCUUGCAGCUACUGUCAUCUGGAGACCACCUUCAGCGUCUAUGUCUACGGGGCCUUCCCACUGUCCAUCUUCCCGCCAGAGGUCACCAUUUUCCUGCUCACGGUGGCCACCCUGCUGUUCGUGUGGCUGGCUUACAUGAUCCCCCAGCUGCUGCACAACGAGCAGGGCCUCGAGGUCAACGGCUUCUGGGUCAGACUGUACCAAAGAUGCAGGAAGUCUUGUGCAUGUCUCUGGGGCAGGGGCUGAGCACCCGUGGAGGGUGGGAAUGCCAGGCAGAGGUCAGAGUUGUUGUAAAGGGUUUGUGAAUAUAGCCAAUGGCA